CAGAUUUUAUUUUAUUUAUCCGCUUCACGCCAUCGAUCGGCAUUUACAUACGUGGAGCGAAAGACUUGUUCCUUUGUUCUUUCGUUUUACUUUCACGUUGCUAUUCGAGGUGUUUAACCAGAUCUUUUUAGAUUGAAAUUACAAUAGACUAUCGGCAUUAGUGCAUGUUCAAUUAAAUGAUUGGUAAUUGUUAAUUGGCGCUCAGCUUUCAUUCAAUUAAAUUAAAAACCAACUAGUUAACGGUAUGAUUUCUUUAUUAGAGCGGAAAGUAAGUUACUGACUUGUACGCAUCUAAAUAAAAGUGUAUUUAUAGAAAAUAAUUAGACUGCAAUUCAAUUUCGUUCGGAUGCGCAAUUAAUAAAAAGCGUUGAGAGCUAUUUUCAGAACAAAGACAUUAAGUUCAAAUAGUCUGGCAAACGUUUCAUCUGAAACAUUUUUAGAAUUCACUUGAAAAUUCUGCCAUUAAACAAUGUUUUCAAGGAACAAUUUUUCUACUUCACCUACUUGUUCCGCUUCCAGUUAUCUGGCCUAGUUUCUAUCUAGGGCAUUAUUUCAGUGUUGCCAAAAUUUUGGGGAAUAAUUUCAAUUGGGUCACUUUAUCAAGCAAUUUUAAAUUAGGCACAAUUAUCCGUGUAAUCAAAUUAUCGGCAAUCCUACCUGCACUUAUUAUAAUAUAUUAUAUUAAUAUUGGAACAAUGAUAUCGGGGAUAUGUACUUGAAUUCAGAAAUUAUACCAAGUAGAUAUGUUAUACUUAAUGACUAGCGAAUCUGGUAUUGAAACUUAAUAAUUGUCUAACACAAAAAUAUUUUAUCAAAAAACAUGGAUUGGUAGAUUUCUAAAAAUGCAACCGGCGCGAACUUUUGAAACCGCUUUAUAUUCAGAGUGGCUCAAAGUCGGUUUAACGUCCUUUAAAUAAUUGCUGAGACUUACUGGAAAGUACAGAAUACAUUUUUUUAACCCAAAUUUCAAUUGAAUAGAUUGCAGUUGCAACCUUGCUAAUACACUGUCUUUUACGUGUUGUUACAAUCAACAUUUCGCAGACUAAUACACUCAUUUAACAUGAGAAAUAAAACAUUGCAACACUUACUAAAAUUUACGAAAAUUUUCUACAGCGGCAAAUAUUUGUCAACAAAUCUGUCAACGUUACAGGGUAUCUAUGGUUAUUUUUUAAAUUGUGCUCCUCAAAAGCUAAAAUGUAUAACAAUGUCGGAAUUGCAUCAAGUUUACAUUUCUUGAAAAAAAUCUGAAUCGCUCAAUGCUGCUGUAUAAUAGACCAUGACCAUAGACGAUGUGGUUUAUUACUUCUGGGACAGCAAAACAGAUUGAAGAAAGUGAAAGUGACCACAACUGAACUACUAAUUACUAAGGUCAUACUAAAAACAGCGCAUUACAAACGUUGCUAUGAGCGUUCUGAGCUUGAACGGAUCAUAAAGACGGCCAUGGAAAAUCAUUUAUAGGUUUUGAUCAAAAUUUCCUUUUUUCUGUUUUAACAUCGAACUGUGCAAAUUCACACAUUAGGUACUGUAAACACUAAAAACUGAUGUUGUAAAGUGCGGUUACAAAGUGAAGUUCAGAAGCUCUGUGAUAAAUUCAUCUAACGGGUGUGUGUGAUGAAAUACAGGCAUUGAAAUCGCUUUGCAAAGUCAAUUAAAAAUAUACAUUUUUAAUCAUUAAAUUCUUCUUAAGUUAUUACAGUGAUAUUUUUAUAGUUUCCUUAUUGACCUCGUUUUUGCUAUUUAUUCGCGUUGUAGAACCUGAUGCCUUUACUGAUUUACGCAUGAUGAAAUGCAUCUACAUAAUUUACCUUAUUACAUUAAUAACUAACUUUUUCUAAUCCCUUAAUAGCCCCACACAGUUCAUCUAGAAAAAUAAUGUCAAUUUGGAAUCACCCUGUAUUUCAGUGAUAUUUAAGAUCUAACAUAAUUUAAUAACGUCUCAUAAUUAGCUGUAGAAACGUAUUUUCAAAUUUAGCAAAAUCGUGUGUACCAGCAUUGAGUUUUGGUUGUUCCAAUCGAAAAGUAUACCUGAAUUCUGUCAAAUAGAUUUCCAAUAUGCGAGCUUUAAUGGGUACGGUUUCGUUUGCGCUAAUAUGUAACUGAGUCUGAUAAAAUAGAAGAAAUGUAUUUUCUCAAAGUUUUUUUUCUCUGUAAGUUUGUCAUUAAAUUAUUGGGAUUAGCAGUAGACUUUGAAAUGUUUAUCAACUAUUUUUAACAUGCAAAACUCAGUUUUUUCCUAGUGAAAAACUGAAUCUGUUAUGCAAAUCUAAUGUAUGAGCUAUUUAAUAUUGAAACAUGUCCGUCACAAAUAGUUUCUGUCUCAUCCAACGACUUUUUGUGUUUGGCAAAUCAAUUUUUGGAUAAACAAUAAUGCUCCUUUGUUUAUAUCAUUUUGUAAUACGUAAAUUGUUAUUUAAACACAUUUAUUUCAAAAUUUCUGAUGAAUCGCAUAUUUGAAUUUUUGUGUCCGUUUCGGAGCAAUAUGCACAGAAAUCACCUAGUUGCAUUCAUUUUAAUGAUAAGAAAGAUCAAACUGUCUUUCGCGCAAGAAAUAUUCCCGGUGAAAACAUUUACUACUUACAUUACACUCUUAUCAAUCGACGAAAACGUUUGAAUUACCCAAAUCUUUCCCAAAUAAAAUGAAAAGAAACGGCAAGCCAAUUGGAAGAUCUAAAUACAACUAUUUUUCAAGGAAAAUGAACUUUUCUCUGAUUCAAGUUUGCAACUGAACCUCCGUAUAAAUUGUUUUUUUUAUAUACGCUUGUAUACGAUACAGUUUUAUAUAUUUAUAUAUUUUUUAUCAUAUGCUUGGUUCGUAAAUGCUUAGAUAUUAAAAAUUUUAUUUUUUUCCUAGUCAUGUAACCAAGGGCUAAAUUAAAUGUAAUUCCUUCGAAUUUGUCAGAAUAUCGGAAUCAUAAGUACAAAAACGUAUAAUUUUAGUCGAUAAAGAACUUAAAAUGUAACUCAUAGUGCACCCCGUGUACAUAAUAUGUAUAGGACACAGUGUAGAGCGUUAGUGAUCUAAUUUCUAGAUAUUCUUAUAUAUUUUUAGAUUUAUUGGUCAGUUCAAAGCAGGUUUUCAGUGGCGUUGGAAACAUUACCGCCUUAUUAAAAACCUAAUUGCCUGAAAACUAGUUGUAGCUAAUAACAUAGUUUACAGGCGAAAAAAAUAAAAUGCUAUGAAACCGAGUCAAAUGUUAAAAAGCUUCGUCAUUAAGCUUUAACUGCUAUAGAUCAACAUGCACGAUAUGGGCUACUCCAAAUAACCAUUAGAUUCAAAUAUUGAACUUGCUCCAACCAAAAUAUUAAGUAAGUGUACAGAACAAAACUUACGAAGUUCGGAUUUAGUUUCACGAAAGCCUUAUUAAUAGCUUUAAGCAAGCAAUCUCCUAAAGAGUACGUAGUCGCAAUAAGUAAGUAAUAAUGUCCAGAAGCGCUAGUAAACUGUUUCUGUUAUUUAAUCUGUGCUUUCUUGGACAGUCGAAAAUGAGAGUCCCCAAUGUUCAAGAAGAUUUUUUGCCCAAACCUUUCAGAAACUUUUACAGAUAUUGUAGUUCAAGAGCCGGUGAAGUUAGUAUAAUUAGAUUGGAAUAUCGAGGAAAAACCGACCUGCAAACGGGAGAAAUCGUAAAUUCCUUCUAUAGAAAUAAAUCGAAUAUAUUGUGCAAAAAUUACUUGGUCCAAUUAAAACCGAUGGAACUGACUAGCUCGGCAUCAAAAAUCGAAGAAUUCAACAAACUACACAUGGUGGAGACUAGAGAGUUGAUGGAGUUAAAGCCUGACUUUUAUAACUGCGAUAGCAGCAGCAUCCAAGUCAUAAUUGCUAAAGAUGCUUCAAUAGUAUAUGACUUCAUAAAAUCUCAUAAAAGCCAGACACCGUUUGAAACAGUACGCGGUUUGAAGAUUCUGAUAUUUCCAAAUAGCAAUUCGGAUAUAAAAUCUAUUAAAGCUAUCUUAGCAUGGCUCUGGACAAACUGUGGCGUAUUAAACGUAAUCGUCUUACUUCCGUCUUCAGUUAAAUAUAGGAAUUUUUAUAUUACCUACAAACCGUUUACGGCCACAGCGUUUGGACAUGGACAGAUACAAAUACAACACCUGAAAGGCCUCAGAAUUAAUACACCCGGCCGCAUAAAUACAAAAAUUCCAGAUUUACAAGGCUACCCCUUGAUUGUGUCGUUUUUUGAAAGAAUUUCAACAGCUUUUAGGACAGUUCCAAAUUUUUUAGUCAAUUCGAAAAUCUACAGACACUUUACCCGCAUACACGGAGUGGAUGGUCUUACCAUCGAAUAUUUGGCACAGACCAUGAAUUUCAGUAUGAAGUUAUGCAAUGAAAUCGAGUGUCAAUAUUUCGGAUUAGUUUUAGACAAUAAAACCGUAAUAGGCAGUUUAGGAAAAGUGGUGGAAAGGAAGGUUGAUUUUCAAGCAAAUAGUCGAUUUCUCAUGGACUAUGGUACUGAUGAUAUUGAAUUUACCACGUCUUAUAUGCACGAUAAAAUAUGUGUGCUGGUGCCUAAAGCAAAGUUAAUCCCGACCUGGAUAAAAGUAUUGCGAAUAUUUAAAUUGGACACAAAGAUCGUCUUUCUUUUGGCAUUUAUAGCGGCAGCAAUAACGAGUAAACUGACUGAAACCACAAUGUCACUAGCUGACUCAGUGCUAGAAAUAUAUAUUUUAAUGCUUCAGCAGCCGGUGGAUAUGGAUGUUUGCAAUAAACACGUUGCUAGAAGGUGUUUUAUGGGGAGCUCUAUAAUAUUUUUUAUGAUUGUCUCCAAUAUAUUUAUAGGCGGUCUAUUCGCCGUGUUUGGAGUAAAAGCAUAUUACUCGGAUAUAAACACGCUAGAAGAAGUGGAUGCAUCUGGAAUGGAUAUAAAAACAUCAGUUGAUCCGUUUAAGGGAAGCAGCUUGCCUCUUUACAAACGACUAUCGCAGAAGCUAAAAAUGGAACUAAAAUCUAAGAAUACUAUAGAAUUUGUACUAAGUGGCCAUGGAGCCAGUUUAGAGAGAUCGGAAGACACUCAAUUUCGAAUUAUUUAUCAGUAUGUAACACAUGAUGGAACACCUCUAUUGCAUAUGGUCCCCGACUGCCCCACGGAGUUUAACUUGGCCUACAUUGUACCAAAGGGUUCACCCCACCUUCCUGCCAUUAAUCAUAUCUUAAGUAUUUUUCUGGAAUCAGGGUUGACGCUUAAAUGGUAUGUGGAUGUACUGGAGGCCAUCCGGCUAAACGCUCACUGGAAUAUCCAUGAAAAACAACGAUCAAGGAAAGCAUUGAGUCUAAAUGAUGUCCAAGCCAUGAGUUGGAUAUUAAUUUGGGGUUUCGGUUUCGCUCUUCUCGCCUUUCUGCUGGAGCUUUCCAUUCACAAGAUAUCAAACGCGUAGUUUUUGAAGAAAGCUUGCAAAACUCUUCAAUUUAAAUGUACGUCCGUAAAGAUUUAUAAUUUGUAAUAGAUGCUUUCUGCUGUCAAUAAAUAAAAGAACGCAAAUUCUUAUCAAUUGUCUUAAAUCUAUUAUGGAUUCAAGGUGCUAUUGGAUCGCAGAAACGAGUAGUGAGGGUAAUUUAAAAAAAUUGAUAUUCGCGAAUAAUGUAGAAAUGAUUUAAAAUCUAAAAAUCCAAAAAAAUUUCUGACCGUUUUGAAACAUUACUUGAAAUAUGUUUUCCAACACAUUCGGUAAAUGAUCAGCUAUAGUAUAACUAUCAGAUUGAAUGGUUAAAACCAUUAUAUACCAUACUAAGUAAACAUUUGAGAAAAGCGUCUUAGCUGAUAAUUUUUUAUUUAAACUUUUACUAUUUUUUCAUAUAAACGUUUCGGUACUUUUUCACCAUCAUCAGUUGGUUUAAAACCCACCAGUUGUUAAAAUAUUUUGUUCAUACACAUACAUAAAAUAUAAAAAAACUUAAAAAUUGUAGGCUUUUAAAAAAACGGUUAUAUUCAGUCAUUAAUAAUUACUAAAACAUUUUAAAAUUACAAAACAACUAGAAUGUUCUAAAAUUAUUAAGACUAAUGGCAAUCAAUCAGGACAAUAAAAUUCAGGAAAAGAAAAGAAAACAGAUAUAGAAAAGAAUAUACGAACAUAAAUAUAGCAUAAGGAAAAAUAACGAAAAUAAAAAAAAUUAAAGCAUUAGCACAACAUGACACCAAUUGUUACAUAAUUGUGAUAUCGACAACACAAAAAUACUGACGAUAAAUACUAAUGAAAAUAACUAUCAUUAGGGAAGAAUCCGUGAAAUAAUACAAAUCAAAAAACAUAACAUUAAUUUUAAAAAGUAGUUUCUGCUGAAUGCAAAGGAAGAAUAUGUGAAAGAAAACAAUUAAAUAUAAACAGUUUUUUAGUUUUUUUUUGUUCUGAAAUGGAGAAGCAUUAAUAUACCAAUGUAUGAGUCCUGAUUCAUUGCCAUCCAUUCAUUUAGUUGUAAUUUUAAAGUGUUUUAGUAAUUAGUAAUGGCAGGCUGUACUAAUAAAUAUUAUAAUCGUCCCCCAAAAAAUCCCACAAUUUUAAAGUGUUCUUAUGUUUCAGGUAUGUGUAUGGACAAAAUACUUUAACUUGAAGUGGUGGUUUUAGACAAACUGAUGAUGGUGGAAAAACACCGAAAGGUUUUUAGGAAAAAUGAUAUUGUGGUACCUAAAUAAAUGACCCGGGAGCAUUGUUUAUAUUCAAAUUAUUUUAUAACUAAUACAUGUGUCAACAAUAUCGGAA